GACAAUCUUUCUUCCGUCUCUUCUGCUACCUUCGAUUUCACUGCUUCAUUUCAUUUGAUUGCUGAUCCAAAUUCACAUCACUACCCUGCGCACAAACCCAUAGCACAGCCAAAAGGUUUCUCUGCUGCUGCGUCCUCCUUCCAACUGCGGUGCUCACUAGUGUCCCCGCAAUUUAUCCUCACGCCGAGAAUCUAAGCAACCGUAGCGUCCACAGGUAAGCCACGUCCCAAUCUCUAUCUAUGUAUCUGUCGUUGAAUUGGUGUUCCGCACCACGAAGAAUUUGUGCGGUUUUUAAGGCACUUAAUUUCGUUGGAUGCUAAACCUAUACCCAGUGUCGUCUGCGUUCUGGGUGUGCGGGGAAAUGUUGUUUUUUCCUUUGCUCCGGUGUUUGCACGGUCUGUUUAUGGGUGCUCCCAACUCCCGAUUUUGGGAGCUUAGACUUGCGGCUUUUGAUGACAUCUUGAGUUUCGUGCGAGUUUUUACUUGCUGGUGAAUUGGUGCUGUGGGAAUUGAGUUCGAUGGGUGUGUGUCUACAGCUUAAAAACUUAAUCUAUGUUAGAAGGUGAGAUCACCUGCCUACAAAUCAAAAUUGGAUUCUUUUGUUGCCUGCCUGGAAAUGCUUGUGGGGUUCCCCAGAACUUCAAAUGGCUUUCGACCUAUUAUUGGCAUGCUCAAUGGUUGGAGUGGGACAAAUUAUUUUUUCCCGAACUAUUGAGCUGAAGACUGUGUUCCAAAAUCUUAGUCUCAACCCUUUUAAACUGGUUCCUUUCAAGUGGGAUUCAAGUUGGUGCCUUGAUGAACUUAUCGUCUCAAUUGCCUGAGGUGUUGUAUAUCGAAUUGGCUUGAGUCAUUGUUGUUAGCCACUGAAGGGAUGUAAGCAGUUCGAUAAAGGUUGAUACUGGUUGUUGGGCUUCAGGUUUGCCCAUAUGUCAAGAGAUGUGAACUCUGUUGUGCUAACAUAGUUAGGCAGACAAUUGGAGUCUUGAUUGUGAAAUGCUGGCUUAAGGGAGAGAUUCAGCAGAGCUUUUGAAUAAAUCAUUUAUGCAUGUAUACAUCGGACUGCGUAGAACUCUAUCAGUUGAGGACAACGUGACGAUAUGAAAUAAGUUAAGCAAUUUAGAACUUUCAUUUUGCUGUUAGUCUUUUAUCUCACCGAUGCUUCCUCACUUAGAACUCCUUUUCCUCUUCCUUUGGUUUAGACGGUAGUAGAAGACUUGCUGAGAAAAAUGCUCUGCACAGUGCAGUCACAUGCUCUUUCUGUUUUUUCCAUGCUUUCCAUUUCAUUUUUUCUGCUUGGUUCUUUUGGCUUCUUCCAAUCCUGUGGUCCAUGAUUUGGGAUGUCGGUUCUGUCAAGCUUGUGGGAAGAAAAUGGAAUUCUCUGCAACUAUAUGGUUGCUCUUGCCGAGAAAGAAUUUCUUAUAGCUGACACUGGAAAGAUAUGAUUUGUCACAUAAUGCUCCUUUUCUCCUUCCGGGACCCUUUUUUCAAUUGAGCCUACUUUCAGCAAUAAUAACAUUUUUUUUUCUUCUAUUGCUGCUAUUACCAUCUGGGGGUGACUCUUAUCUAGUGAUCUUCUUUAGGCUUCAAGUUGUUGCCUAAUUUUGCAGCCAGAGAAUGGAACUGCUGGUGCUGUUCUUGUUACAAUUGAAUUGAAUUUUUGGCCAGUACAUGGAUUUAUUAAAAUGUUCACAAGUACCUAUUAUAUUUUACAAUUAGGUUUUGCAUGGUGAAAAUUUCACUCUGUCUGAGCACAAGCGACGAAUUCAUAAUGUUUUCAAAGGCUGGGAGUAGCAACUUGUCAAGCUUAGCAAUGUGGUUAUUUUCAUUCUUUCUGCAUACUUCCCUUUUGUGGUUUUGCUCUGGUUUUUGUCUAGCAUUAUUGCUUCUUUCCACAGUUCUCUAUUCCCCAAAUUUAUUCAUUGUCUCUUUUUGUGCCUGGAAUUUUGACUUGUUCUAUCUUCUGUUUUGAACUCAAUUUUGACUUGUUCCAUCUUCUGUUUUGUACUCAAUUAAAAGAUUGAGAGAUCAUGACAGGUAGAAGUGCUAUCAUUUGUCAAAGCGAGUGCCAACUAACAUUUCAUUGACCUUUUACCGCUUGAAUCUUUUUUGCUGAUACAUAUGUAGCACUCAUCACCUUCACUCUGAGAGUGAUGUUUUUGCUUGAACAGAAUUCAGGCAGUGCAAUUCAAGGUAUCAUGUUGCAAACACACUUUUUUCUUGCGACUGCUACAUGUCCCAUCAUGGAAAUUUAAAUCACUGAUUUUUGUGGUGUUUGAAAAUCUUGGGAGCGCUAGGCUAUAUUCUAAAAACUCGGUAUAAUAUGGUAUAUCCCACACUAUGCAGCAUAUAAAGGAAAAUGGCCAAAUUUAGCAAUUUACAAGGACAUACAAUGUAAAUGAUGCAGACUAGAUAGAGUGCCAUAGGAUUCAGGAAGCCCAGUUGUUAUGUUUUUAAACUCCCUUGUGGAGAUGUAUUCAUUCGGGUUCUGGACUAUCUGAUCUCAAAAUUCUGAAAGCUUUACUUGUCCAUUACUGACCAUGUUUCUACCCUUCUGUCUUAUCUCAGAUCUUUUGUGUACACAUCAUCCAAUAUGAUAUCAACUUCCUAUCAAAGAACUGUUGUGGACGGAUGAACCAAUGCUUAGUAUGUCUGAACUGAUCGAAGGUCUUCCCGACGCUGUUGCCAUCAGGUGCAUUGCACGAGUCCCCUUUUACCUGUUCCCCAAAUUAGAGCUUGUCUCUCGUUCGUGGCGAGCUGCCAUUCGCAGCACUGAACUCUAUAAAGCCCGGCAAGAGGUUGGCUCAACAGAGGAGUUGCUUUGCGUGUGCGCUUUUGAACCUGAGAAUUCAUGGCAGCUUUAUGACGCACUCCGAGAGCUUUGGAUUACUAUCCCUGUUCUACCAUCCAAAAUUAAGAAUCUGGCUCAUUUUGGUGCUGUCUCAGUUAGUGGGAAGCUGUUUGUACUUGGAGGGAGCAGUGAUGCUGUUGACCCAUUGACUGGGGAUCAAGAUGGAAGCUUUGCUACCAGCGAAGUAUGGUCAUAUGACCCUGUGAUUCGACGAUGGGCCCGGCGGUCAUCCAUGCUCGUGCCACGUGCAAUGUUUGCAUGCUGUGCGCUGAACGGAAAGAUAGUAGUGGCAGGAGGUCUCACUACAUGUCGGAAAUCGAUAUCUCGAGCCGAAAUGUAUGACCCUGAGAAGGAUGUGUGGUUCCCUAUACCCGAUCUUCAUCGUACUCCAGAUUCUGCUUGCACGGGACUUGUCAUUGGGGGGAAGUUGCAUGUUUUGCAUAGAGGGCUUUCAACCGUGCAAGUCUUGGAGGGUGUAGCAGCAUCUGGGUGGAAGGUUGAAGACUAUGGAUGGCUCCAAGGUCCAAUGGCGGUCGUUCAAGAUGCUCUUUAUGUGAUGAGCCAUGGACUGAUUUUCAAGCAGGAGGGCAAAGCGAAGAAGGUAGUGGUUUCAGCAUCCGAGUUUAGAAAGAGGAUUGGGCUGGCUUUGACCAAACUUGGGGAUGACAUAUAUGUGAUUGGAGGGGUUAUUGGCCCCGACGGGUGGAACCGGGAAAUCCAGCCGUUGUCGGAUGUUGAUGUGUUGACUGUUCUUGGGGAAAGGCCGGCUUGGCAUCGAGCAGCUCCAAUGACAAGGGGAAGUCCCUCAUCUCUCCUCUCGAGGGGCGAAGGCAACAACUGACGUUGAAUCCGGGCUUCAACGAGCACUGCAGUUGUACCCUGGAAGUUUGUUCAGGAUUUACUGUUGACGAAAGCCAUUGUUCUUUAUUCUUUGUACUUCAGUGUAUCUUAGCAAACAAAUGUAGUUUUUCAUCUGUCGCUCCUCUUGUUGCUAGCCCCUUACCUCGAACCCAACUUCAGUGUAUCCUAUAGUAAAAACAAAUACACUUUUUUUAC